UUUAUACUAUGGUCGGUUCGCUGUGUCAGCUCAGUUCGUCUCAAACUGCUCGGGUAGGUGUGUUUGGUAGUUCCGUUAUCGUGUAGCAGUUUCUCGUGAAUGGUUCGGCCUAGUAUAAGUUUUCUCCUCUCUGGCGUGUGCAUGCAGGAAGUAAGUGGGUCAGUGCUUUUUUACCAAUCCGUGGAUUUUGAUAUGCCCACGGACACGGAUUAUACAUCUGGAUCUAACAUGACGAUGCGGUAGUGGACAGCUUCGCAGUGACGGAGUCCUUUUACGGGCAUCCAAGGCUGAAUUUGGAGACGAGAAGAUAUUUUGCGUGAAGCGCAGAGGGGAAGAAGGGACUCUAAAUGCUAGGCCGGAUCAGAGCGAAAUAGAGAGAAAGAGAGUUGUUAGCAGGAAGAAGAAGCGAGGACGAGAGAUAGGGGAGGAAAGAGAGAAAGAGAGAGGGAUGGGCGCUGGGAUGGGCAGGAGCGGCACGAGCGGCGGUCUGCUCGAGGCACUUCCCACGGGAACUCCGCUCCACGUGGCGAUGCUCGGUCUCGACAGCGCCGGGAAGACGACCGCUCUGUACAGACUCAAAUUCGAUCAGUAUCUCAAUACCGUGCCGACCAUUGGCUUUAACUGCGAGAGAAUUCGCGGCGGCAUCGGAAAAGCUAAAGGUGUUAAUUUUCUUGUAUGGGACGUCGGCGGGCAAGAAAAGCUACGGCCGCUGUGGAAAUCUUAUACGAGAUGCACCGACGGCAUUAUUUUCGUCGUUGAUUCCUGCGAUACUGAGCGGCUCGAGGAGGCAAAAAUGGAGCUUACCAGGACGGCGAGGAGUCCGGACAAUGCGGGUGUGCCGAUUCUAAUUCUCGCCAAUAAGCAAGAUUUGCCUGGUGCGAAAGAAGUUGGCGAACUGGAAAAGCAUUUGGGAGUGUUGGAACUAGCCGGAAUGCCGGGCAGCGCUUGUAUUCGUGUGCAGCCGGCGUGCGCUAUUACGGGCGAAGGACUUCACGAGGGCUUGGACACGCUGUAUCAGUUGAUCUUGAAACGGCGCAAGCUAGCCAAACUGAAUCGAAAACGGGCCAGGUAGGCCAGGGCCUCGGAAGACUGCACAUGCGUCUUCUGAUAUUGUCGAUCGCGGACAGCCUCUCCUUUAGCGACGCUUUCCACAACUUCCACUUCGUCCUCUCUUUCUAAUUGCGAUGAGGACGUAACACGUUGACUCGAAAGAAGUGAACGGUGAUCACGAAGGAUGCGAUCACCUCUCUCUUUCUGACUUUUGCUCUCAUUGUCAGCGAAAAUACUGUUGGAGUUACUCGGAGAUGUGCGCGAGUGUGUAUGUGCAUGUGUAUGUAUGCGUGUACAUAUAAGUAUAUAUAUGCCGGUGUAGAGCUGCAUAUGAACAUGAGGAAAGAUAGAAACGGAGAAAUUUUAACGACUGUUCCUAUUGUUGCAUAUAAAAUUUGUUUGCUAAACAUUGAGAUUAUUGAUUUUAACGUUAUGAAAUUUUCGAAAUCAAUGUUAAUUAAUAUACUAUCCAUUGGUAAUAUUUUUGAUUUAUUGCUUAAAUAAAAUGUCAGAUGAAAUAUUUUCAUGACGCAAAAGAUAUGAAAAAUAUACUUGAAGUGUAUGUUUGAGACACAAAUUCUCUUUUAUCAUAAGAGAAUAUUGUGCAAUUGUGUUUUUGGCACAAUUUGCAAAUAAAUUUAUUUAGAUUAAGUUUAAAAUAAUGCAGUUAUAUCGCGAGUUUUCUUUCUUGUAAAAGGAAAACUAAAUAAAAUUUAAUUUUAUACUGGAUUAGAUUUAUUUUGUAUGCAACAAUGUAAUGAUUAAAAUGAUUAUAAAUAUAAACGUGUGACAAUGCUAGUCGACUGUGGAAAAUCUAUCAUUGCGACAAAGAAAAAGACAAUGCGAAAGUCGUAUAAAUGUAAGUAAACAAUUGUAAAUAAAUCGGAAAAGUUGUAAUUUUAUGCUGGCACCAAAUGCAAAGAUGCAUUAACACGAGCAACGAAGUUGAUCAACGUCGGGAAAUUUGUGGCAAUAUAAAUCAUCAUAAAUUACUUAGCGAAAUUGGAUGUUAUUGCUGCAAAGAUUAAUUGUUGCCAUAUUUUUUAAUACAAAGCAACACAGCAACAAUAUAUUUUAAUUAUACACGCGAGUAGGAUGCUGCUCUUAUUUCGUAAUAUACCUUUUGGUAAAAUCCUUAUCAUUUAUUGAAUAUAUGGGACAUAUUGUAGAGAAUUUAUUGUUAAAGAAGCACGAUUGUUAUUACAAAAUUUUUG